GAUCGCUCUUUUUGAUGCACAGCUGAUAUCGUAGACUCAUUUACUCAACCGUAUUUGCAGGAAAUAAUGAAGAAAACGAUUAAGGUAAAAGUAAGGGAAGAAGUACAAAAGAUUAAAGAUGAGAUGGAUGAAAAAAUGAGUGACACUUACCUGGACGAAAACGAACUAGAGAAGGAGUACAGCAAUGGCGUUAAAAUACAUAAAGAAAAGUUCAGAGAUGUUCCGGCAGAUUUUGCUUCAGAAUACGAAAACGAAUGGAAAACUCAGCUCAGUAAAGAAUGGGAGGAAAUAAAGAAAAGAAAUAAAAAAAAUGAGGAAGUCAGAAUAAAAAUCAAACGCACAUCAAGCCCAGCACGAAGCCCACCGAGCUCAUCGAAUACGGAUGUUCUUGAUCAUUUCAUCGUAAGAUCGUUUGUAGCUGCCGCGGCCCAUGCCCCUAUUAACCCAGCAGCUGCAGUAGCUUACACUGCAAUAGGUGUUGGUGUAGCUGCAGUAAAAGGUGUAUUUAGUUUAUUCUGA